CCAACAAUCUCCAUUUAUUCCUGACAUGCAAGAGGAAGUGGGCUUUGCAAGCAUGGCAAGUGUUGGCCGCACCGUUUUGAUAAGUGCCUUUGCGGCUAUUAUCAUCGCAUCUAACAUGGUCAUGAUCGUAGCAUACGCCAUCGAGAAACGUCUCCAGACAUACAACAAUUCCUUCAUUCUCAAUCUCAUCAUCAGCGAUUUGAUGGUUGGACUCUCCCUUAUCACCACUCUUGUUACAAAGUGUUACGUCCAAACACCAGUGUGUAGGAUCUUCUUGUGCAUCGGUAAGGGUUUAGUCGGCGUUUCUGUGAUCACCAUCGUCGUCAUCUGCGUUGAUAGGCAUCAAGCAACGUACCAUCCGAUCAAGCACUUCUUGGGCAGAAGCAAAACCAGGGCGUGUAUCCUCAAUGCGAUACCUUGGGUUGUCGCAUUCACUUUCUGGCUCUUAGUUGCCCUUUUCGGGCCCCGUUUCGACGCAUCAGCCCCUGCCAGGAUGGCCUCACAGCAGAUAUCAGUUUUUCUGAAUCUUCUACCACUGGUUGUCAUUGCUGUUCUUUACACCAGAAUCCUGUACAAGAUAAAGAACUCACUUGGGGCACAACGUCUUAACGAUAAAUUCGAUACGAAGCCCAAUAAUUCAGGAUCAGGGAUUGAUCCUGAGACAGAGUCACCAGAAAACUCUGGUUCAGUUCUACAAUCCCAUGGUGAAUCAGAGAUGGCGAAGGAUGACCGUGAUAUUGACCGGCCGGAAAAGGAAGGAAAGGCAAUCCGGAAGAAGAAAAAUCGUGAAUCUGAUGCUUCUGCUCGCAAAGCAACUCGCUUUGUUUCCUUUAUCAUCAUUUCGCUUUUGAUCUCGUGGAUGUCCCACACCGCCCUCUUCGUCGUCAUUGCAGUUGGUCUGAGUAAGGUCCCUGUGGCCGUUGGUGCAUUAAUCUGGACGCUUUCCUACAUCAACAGUGUCCUGAACCCGAUAAGCUAUGCUGCCGCACAGCCGCUCUUUCGCCGAACCGUGGCGGGAAUGAUCUGCAAUCCAAAGCAUUACUGUUGAUUUAACAUUCAACAUUGGUUGCGUAUAAUGAGCCCUAAUUUAUGAUGGGCCCAGGCUUAGCUUAUGUGACAAAGUCUUUGACCUUUUCAAUACAUGCAAGUUUGUUAAUUGUGAUAGAUGUUUAAGUAUU